AUGUCUGGUAUACUUGCUACUAAAGUUGAACUCAACUCUAAACAUGUCUAUGUUAACAACUUAUGUAGCUUCUGCAACACGGCCGAAGAGUCUAUAAUGCAUGUUUUAGUGAGUUGUAACUUUGCUAAGUCUUGCUGGGUUCGAUCUUCUCUCAACAUCAUUUCUUUCUCUCAGCAUUAUUUUUAUUCUUGGUUCCAAGAUUUAAUGAGUAGUAACUCAGGUGAACAACUUGAGGAAGCUCUUAUGGUCGCUUGGGCCAUUUGGAAUGCAAGAAACAAUUUGCUAUGGAAUCAAAAAUCUACUACAGCAGCUGAGGUAAUUCUUUCUGCAAGAACUCAUCUUUACCAAUGGCAGUGUGCUCAACAAUCUAAAUUGGAGCCUCCUUUGUCUCAUUUCGAGAUAGGGAAGGAGGCAGAGCACUGGACGAAACCGGAAAGGAAUAUGGUAAAGAUUAAUGUGGAUGGGGCUAUCUUUGAGGCAAUGCAUUCUUUUGGCUUUGGUUUCAUUGCUCGAGACUGUCAUGGAGAGAUCAUUGAAGCUGGUUCUUUUAAUAAGAAUGGGACAUCUUCUCCUGAGCUUGUUGAAUUGAUUGGCAUCAAAGAGGCUCUCAGUUGGAUCAAGGAUAAAUCAUGGGGCAGAAUUGUGCUUGAGUCCGACUGCUUACUGGCGGUUCAAGCCAUACAUACCAGUGUUGCUUUGCCUUCUACAUUUGGUAUGUUGGUUCAAGAUUGUCAACACCUGCUUUCACAGAUGUCUCAUGUUAGUUUGUGUUUUGUUAAACGUUCUGCUAAUAAGGCCGCGCAUUUCCUUGCGCGUAAUUCUUGUUAUUUGUCAGAUCGUUUUUUUGUUAAGGAUACCUCUCCUUAUGAUUUGCUAAGAAUUGUACUGGAUGAUAUUAAAGUUUAA